AAAAGGUUUAUCCCUAAUUAUGGUUAAGGUUGUGGAGGACAUCUUUGGUAUUGCGACCAAUCCGUUUACCAAACAGGCCCAAGUGAUUCGUCGCUACACGAUGACCAACACCAAUCGCCUGUCCGUGGCCAUCAUCCAGCUGGGCGCAACAAUCCAGAGCAUUCAAGUGCCAGAUGCCUAUCACCAGUUGUCCGAUGUGGUCCUCGGAUUCGAUGAUGUUGCCGGGUAUACGAAAUAUAGAAAUUAUCAUUUUGGUUGCACGAUUGGCAGAGUCUCGGAUGUGGUGGGCAACGGCGAGUUCAUCAUGGACGAGCGACGUGUCGUUGUAUCCAAAAAUCUCGGCCAGAAACACCAAACUAAUGGUGGCUUUGUGGGCUUCGAUCAGGUCAUUUGGGAUCUGGAAAUGAAACGACCGGAUGGCGUCACCUUGCGUCAUAUAUCCCCGGAUGGACACGAAGGUUAUCCUGGGACCUUGAAAGUAUUACUUCACUUCACCAUAAAUGACGACAAUCGGUUUUUUAUACAAAUUGAAGCUACCACUAAUCAAACGACGCCGGUAAAUAUAUCCAAUCAUAUCAUCUUUAAUCUGGCUGGCCAGUCUACCGGAAUCAAGGGCAUUUUUGACCAUCAAAUCAAUAUUGAGGCAAUAGAAACGAUGGAAACAUCAAAUGGCGACGGACUUCCCACGGGUCGAUUUAAGAACGUUAAUGAUUCCGUAUACGAUAUCCGAUUGCCAGUAUUCAUGGGCGACCGAGUGCGUCAGUUUGAAAAGAAACCGGUAAAGGGUUACGAUGUUUGCUUUGCUCUCGACAAGGAGUUUGAUGCAAUUAGAACGCGUUAUGUGGGCAGAUUUUUGCAUCCGGAUUCGGGCAGAUUUAUGGAAAUAUUCAGCAAUCAGCCGUGUGUUAAAUUCACCACCGGCAAUUGUUUUCCCCAGGAACCGCUUGGUGAGCCACCAAUAUUGGGUAAAAAGUGCACCCGCUAUUGGCAACAUUGUGGCUUUAGUCUUCAGCUACUUAACUAUCCGGAUGCCGUAAAUCAGCCGGAUUUUCCACGCAUCUUCAUCAAUCCGGGCGAGCAUUAUUUCCAUGAAACCAUCUACCAUUUUGGCGUUCAGGAAUCGUGGAAAUGCUGUGCCGAUCCGGAGGAACUGGAAGCCCUGGGCGAAGAACCACUGCGGAAACCAAAGGCCGUUUGAAAAGCGCAGAGAAGGGCCCUUGAAUGGCCGCUACUUAUGUAGGCCGUUUGAG